CAGCAUCCUUGGAGCGAUACCAUUCGUGUGGCUAUUGACUUGGAGGCCAUGGGUGUUGGAGGGAAGUCUGGCAUAUUUCAGGCUGGUCCUCAUCCAUGGGCUAUUGAGAGCUUUGCUAUGGUAGCAAAGUACCCGUCUGCCCAAAUCAUGGCGCAGGAUCUCUUUUCUUCUGGGGCCAUAAAAUCUGCAACAGAUUUCCAAGUGUACAAGGAGGUAGCAGGUCUUUCUGGGCUUGACUUUGCAUAUUCGGAUAACACUGCCGUAUAUCACACAAAGAAUGACAAAUUAAAGCUUUUGAAAUCGGGUUCCCUUCAGCAUCUUGGAGAAAAUAUGCUGGCCUUUUUGCUUCAGGCUGCUGCUUCCUCUCAUCUUCCUACAAGCGAGGCUAUGGAAGCAGAUGAAAAAUCAGACCAGGACACUGUUAUAUAUUUUGACAUUUUGGGCACACACAUGAUUGUAUUCCGUCAACGAUUUGCCAGUAUGCUGUACAAUUCAGUGAUAAUGCAAUCUCUCUUGAUAUGGGCUACAUCACUACUGAUGGGUGGUUAUUCAUCUGCUAUAUCAUUGGGCUUAUCAUUUUUGGGUGUAAUCCUCAUGUGGAUAUGUUCAUUAAGUUUCUCCGCUCUGGUUGCCUUUAUUCUACCUCUUGUAUCUUGGUCUCCAGUGCCCUAUGUUUCAAGCCCAUGGCUCGUAGUUGGUUUAUUUGCGGCACCUGCUCUCCUUGGGGCAUUCAUUGGCCAACAUGCAGGUUAUCUCAUUCUUGAAACAUAUUUGUUACGUGUAUUUUCCAAAAGAAAGGGGAACCUGUCGCCUGUCCUUCAAGCUGCUUGGGCAAAGUUGGAUGCCGAAAGAUGGCUCUUUAAAGCUGGUUUACUGCAGUGGCUUAUUCUUUUGAUGGUGGGAAAUUAUUAUAAGAUUGGAUCCGCUUAUGUUGCCCUUGCUUGGCUAGUCUCACCUGCAUUUGCAUCUCAGUCUGGCUGGAUGGUUCUAACUAGCUUGGGAACCAUCCUCUGGAUUACCAUAUGGCCUGCAUGUGGGUUUCUGAUGGGCUAUUUGAGCCAUAGCCUUGGCCUUCCCAUCUGGGUGGCCCUUUGGCAAAAGGAACUUUAUGUGAAGCCAUUUUGUAAAUUGAAACUUGGAACUCCAUCUCCAAAUGGUUUGCUUGAAGCAACUUUAUCCUCAACACGGUUACCAAAGCCACUCAAAACUCUAACCCUGCUGAUGGGCCUAGCUGCCCCAUUCUUACUUUCUUCGGGCAUGUUUAUUCGGUUGGCGGCCACAAUAAUUGGAACUGCAGUUCGGUUUGAAAGGAAUCCUGGUAGCACUCCUGAAUGGCUGGCGAACAUCGUACUUGCUGUAUAUAUUUCUGUUAUCACAUGUCUGACGGUGGUUUAUCUCUUGUCCUAUGUGCAUAUUUCAGGUAGGAACUUUCUGAAAUAUCCCAUAAAGGAGAGGAAUAAGGUGAAAUAUGAGACAGAGGGAGUAUUAGUGAGUGAUGCUAAUGGGUCAGUUCCAAGAAGCGAUUUAUUCAAAAUUCAACACUACCUCUACCAAUUACCUGUCUUGUCACUUGCAGAUUGUAAUUCAGAUUCAGAGUAAUUUAUUUUGUUUAAGACAUGAAAUAUAGUGAAUCAUCUGACAUGUAUGUACCUAAACUCAUAGAGUUGGUAUCUGUUUGUAAGUCUAGAUCAUUCUACUAGAACUGGUUGGUUCCAAAUUGGAUGGACUUAGCAGCAUGGUCCACAUCUGCUCCAUGUAUAAGCAGUGGACCCUUUUGUCCUACUACAAGGGUCCAAAUAUUUUGAUUAUCAACUCAUUUCCCAUCAAAACUCAGGUCGAACACUCUUUUAUGACAUAGAGGUCAAGUGCCUACCUCACCUAGCAUUGCAUUCUACUUUGGGAACAAGUUUACCUGCAGGUCAUGAAAGCAAGACAGACUAAGAUGCCAUUAUUAAUAUCACAUAUCAUGGUUAGAAAGGAAAUGCGUAACCUUUGUUUGUGUUUUUUUUUUU